GUGUUCGUUGUUUGACUGAAGCAAGAAGUAUCUGUAGCAUGUCUGGAAGAGGCAAAGGCGGUAAAGGACUCGGGAAAGGAGGCGCUAAGCGGCACCGUAAAGUGCACAUCCAGGGCAUCCAGGGCAUCACCAAACCCGCCAUCCGUCGCCUCGCGCAUCUCCGGUCUGAUCUACGGCGGUGUGCUGAGAACGUGAUCCGCGACGCCGUGACUUACACCGAGCACGCCAAGAGAAAGACGGUCACCGCCAUGGACGUGGUGUACGCGCUGAAGCGACAGGGACGCACUCUGUACGGCUUCGGAGGAUAAACAUCUCCGUGUUACCAGAAACACACACAGGCUCUUUUAAGAGCCGCCCACAUCUUCGAAAA